AAAGUUGAGGUUUUAUGGUCAAAUCUUGAAUGAACGAGCUUACAAGAGUAAACUUUUUGGGCCCAUUGAGAGUUCCUAAAAUUUACAAUGUGCUGCCCUAUCAAAAUAAAUAAAAUUUUCCAAUAUGCUGCUGAUUGUCCCAUGGGCCAUUUGUGAUGUUAUCAGCAGUAGUUCUAUUCUGCUUUGGUCUUGCUGAAGAUUCUUCAGAUUUUAGUGGGUCUUCUCUUAAGCAUGUCAUAAGGACUAUGUUUUACUUACAAAUAACUUUUUAGCUUAAGUUUUUGUGGCCUCUGUUCCCAUGGAUACUGCCUGCAGAAAAAUUUUCAGCUGUCAAAGUUAGCAUCACAAUUAUUUAGAACUAAUUGGAGUUGCAUAAAAAGUCCAGGCCCCUAGAUAUUACUUAGGCUUAAAGCCCAUUUGGUUUGAGGAAAGGAAAGACUAUCCUAAUGACUUAAUUUGAUUCAUUGAAAUAGUCUUCCCUCUCCUUCACUUCCCUCAAACCAAACAAUCCCUUAUUAUCUAAAACCCAUCACUGGCUGAUUUAAAUAUUCUAGAUUGUGUAGAAGAUACUUAACAUUUAUGGCAAUUUAUCACAUCUAAAGGAAAGGGAGAAAUGGGGAAGGGGUUGGUGCCAGAACAGGAGCUGCAGGACAUUGGUCCAAGAAAAUGGCCAGUAAAUGGAAAGAAAGACUUAUCAGAAUUUUAUUUCUCUUGAAAGAAUGAAUCAAUAUUUCUACACUUCAAAAGGAACCAGAAGAGCAAAAAUAUUCAAAAUUUUAUACAGUUACCAGACUUCUAAGCUUUCUUGGUUUUGAAUAGAUUCAUCCUUCCAUCAUAACCAAGACUCAACAUCCUCCGGAUGAACAGGGCCGCUACAUAUCUCCUCAACUUCCGUUUCUGUCGCUAAUGGGAUUCUGAAUCUCUCAUGCCUACUUGCUUUUCCUUCACCUAUCCUUGUAAUCUAUUAUAAAUUUUUUUUUAAAGU